UGAAAAAAAAAUACAAAACUGGAAAAAAGCAAUCAACACAAAUCCAACACCUCAACCCGAUCCCGAUUACAUACUUGUUUCUAUUAUCUCUAAAACAAAUUCCCAAUUGCAACACGUGGAUCCCUCCUACAAUACAAAAGCAAUCUCGUUUUCCGCUCCGCUCUGCUCACUGCGAACACUUUCGUUUCUUCUCAACGUUUCGGUUCAUCUAUUGUGAAUUUGCUUGUUUUGAGGUGUAAGGAGUUUUAUCAUUUUAGAGAUCGGAUUGGCUUCGGAAAAUUCUAGUUGAUUAGGUUUUUGAGGGUUUCCAAUUGGUAGUAGUUUUAGAAAAGUGGAGGUGAAGUGUGAAUGGGGAUUCAGACUAUGAAUUCUCAUGUGAGUGGUGGAGGGCAGCAAUCUCAUGUACAGCAUCAUCCACUGCAACGUUGCAACUCGUGGUUAGGCCUAACGCUAGACGAAGUUGAGAGGCACUUGCUAGGUAAUUUGGCAAAGCCGUUAGGAAGCAUGAACCUUGAUGAGUUGCUCAAGAAAGUGUGGACCACUGAUACUGGCCGCUCCUCUGGGAUGGAGAGCAUCGAAACAUCCCCUGCAGCGUCACUGCAGCGCCAAGCCAGUUGGUCGCUUGCUAGGGCUUUCACAGGGAAGACGGUGAAUGAGGUGUGGAGGGAUAUCCAGCGAGGGUAUAAGAUGAGCAAUGUGGAGGGCUUUGGUAGCCAGGAAAGAACACCCCCGACCCUUGGUGAGAUGACUUUGGAGGACUUUUUGGUGAAAGCGGGGAUGUACGUGUCCAAUGCUUCCACCGUUUCUAUUGAACCCAUGAUGUCCUUGGAUAGCGCACUCAAGUCCCACAAAUUCUCAUCUCAAAUGAGGUCGUUGUCUCCUUCGCCUUCAAUUGAUGAUUUGUCAGAUACGCCAUUGCCUGGCCGGAAGAGGAUGCCUGGGGAUCUUGAGAAGACCAUCGAGAGGAGGCUAAGGCGAAAAAUUAAGAACAGAGAGUCUGCUGCACGGUCACGUGCAAGGAAACAGGCCUACCACAAUGAGUUGGUGACCAAGGUCUCACGACUUGAAGAGGAAAAUUCAAAGCUUAAGAAGGAAAAGUUACCUUUGAUGAACAGAGUCCAUUUGAUCUUGAGGGCUUAUUCUACCUUCAGAUUGUCUUGGUGUGAAAGCAAAUGGGGUUCGUUCGACAGCUAUACUGUCAACUGUGAUAUCCCGAAUUCGAACAGAUAACCACAUGUGAGCCCUGCACACUAAGGUUUCAGCUGCGAAGAACUUCUUCAUUCUAAUACUCUAUGCGAACAAAGUUUUUGAGUGGAGCCUAUUCAAUAUAGGGUAGAAUUGGCCUGCAUUCCAUCCCUGCAUUGCUUCUGUAGUAGUGUAGUGUGUAAAAAUGUUACCCUUCUUGUAGGAGAUGAAGACCUAGAUGCUUGUUAUUAGAAAAAAAAUGAUGCAACACCACUUUAAUGUAUAGUUGAUAUUAAAUUA